GUCCGAGGCUCAUAUUUCAGCGAUUGCAAAGCACAUUAGGAGAACAAGAUAAGGAACAUCUUAAAAGGAGGGGUUAUGGCAGUGUGUGGACGUUUCUAUUGGAACUGAUUUCCCCUCCAUUGGGAGCUGCGUUUUUUUUUUAACAGUACCAUUUCCAAACAUUCCACAUCUUGCUCGACGUCUGCGAAUCGUCAUAGCACCAUGCGAGCAGGAGAGACGCGCCUUGUGCCAUGCUGAACAACUACCCGACUCUCCUGCUGGCUCUGAGCGCGGUCGCCGCACUUUUCUUGCCAUGCCAAAGCUGGAGCGACGAGGAUCUCCUCCUGCCGCCCAUCAACUCCUCCAACAGGUUUCUGGCCAACCUGGAGGUUGACGUGCGUUUCUCCAAGAGGUCUGUGGAGGAGAGUGAAACCUCGCCCGACGCGUCCCCCCUGCAGACUCUAGGUCCCACUCAGUCACAGUGCAACGUGAGCAUCCACAGACUCCUGCCCACCUCGCUGGUGACCCGCUGGGACAGCAGCUUCGGCUUCCAAUGUGAUGUGCUCAUCUACACCAUCAACAACCAUGGCAGGGCUUUCUUCUCCGCGUCUUUCAAUCGGGCCAUCUCUCCUGUAGUUAUUGAGCACCUCGGGGUCACAGGGGGUCAACAGGAGUUGAGACUGUGUGUGGGAUGCGGGAUGUCACGGUACAGGAGGUUUGGUCAGGGGAGGUUGAGGGGCCAGCAGACUGGGGAUCAGGUCACUUUCUGCUGCCUGGAUUUCAGCCUCGACGAGCUGAAGGGGGACAGAAGUUGGGGGCUGAAUAGGAAGCCCAUCGAGUCAACACUUGUGGCUUGUUUCAUGACUUUGGUCAUCAUCGUGUGGAGUGUUGCUGCUCUCAUAUGGCCAGUGCCGAUCAUUGCAGGAUUUCUGCCAAAUGGGAUGGAGCAGAGGAGACCGAGAUAACUGAAAAAUCUUCAUUAUAAUAUAGCCUGUGCUGCCUAUACUCUAAUUGUAGCCAUUCAGACGUAAAACACGAAUAAACGAAUGACUGUUUUGAUUUUUUUUUUAUCUUUACCUCCUCAUUAGAACAACUAAGGUAAAGUAUGAAGAAUUAUUAUACCUAUAUCUAUACUGGGACCAACAACGUGUUUUGUAUACCCUUGUAGGCCUUCCUAUGGGUUAAGUCAAUGUAAACUGUGCAAACUUUUCUCUUUAAACAGUGUUUGUAUAGUUUUUAAUAUUUCUAGACAGUUUUUUUUUUGCCUUAUCCCAAUGUGUAGAACUUUUGCACUGAGAACUUUAAAGUGUACAGUCACUCAACUUAUAAUCGUGCUCAGUCACAAGUAAUUAGGUUUUUCCAAUAAAUUCUGACAAAUUGAUGUUAUUUACGGUUGAUAUAAGUGGAGAUGGUUUAAAUUCUUAUAAUGUUAGAUUUUUAAAGUCAGGUCUAUGUGUAUUUGUAUGAAUGUUCCAGCUGUUUAAAUUAAAAUAAAAUUAAAUUAUAGGCUUUAA